AGUCAGUGAGUACGUACACACAUUGCGAAAUGGCUAAUUCAAUCAAUAGAUCACUAAGAAAUAAGGUUGCCAUCGUAACUGCGUCUUCAGACGGAAUCGGUUACGCUAUAGCUGAACGCUUAGCUGCUGAAGGUGCAAAAGUUGUCAUCAGUAGUAGGAAGUUAGAAAACGUAAAUCGUGCAGUAGACAAGCUUACUUUGAAAGGACUAAACGUUAUCGGAGUAAAAUGUCACGUCAGCGAUGCUGCAGACCGAGCAAAUUUAUUUCGAGAGACCGUUGAAAAAUUCGGUGGUUUGGAUAUACUUGUUUCCAAUGCAGCAACAAACCCAGUCGCCGGAUCCAUUCUUGAAUGCAGUGAAAGUGUUUGGGAUAAAAUAUUUGAAGUUAAUGUGAAAGCUUCAUUUUUGCUUGCCAAAGAAGCAGCCCCAUUAAUCCGUAAACGUGGCGGUGGAAGCAUCAUUUUCAUAUCGUCAGUGGCAGGAUAUUAUCCGAAUAAGUUAACAGGCGCUUAUUCAGUAAGUAAAACUGUUCUGUUUGGACUGACAAAAGCAGUGGCUCAAGAUUUGGUUUCCGAUAACAUUCGGGUAAAUUGUGUUGCUCCUGGUCUGGUGAGAACUAAUUUUGCAAGAAUGUUGUAUGAGUCUAAAGAAGCCUAUGCAGCUGCACUCGACAAAAUUCCAAUGAGAAGAUUGGCAGAUGCACCUGAAAUUGCCGGAGUUGUGUCAUUUUUAGCUUCUAACGAUGCAAGUUAUAUAACUGGCGAAACAAUAGCUGCUACUGGUGGACAACUAACACGGUUGUAGUUUAACAAC